AUGAAGGGCUGCAGAGGUAUCGAGAACCCGGCUUUCGUCGCCUCCAGUCCAGAGAGCCCGCGCCGUGUGUGUCCAUCGCCGUCUUCCGUCGAGGUCUCUGUCUUGUCCACCCGUACCCUGAGAGAGGGUUCGCAGCCGCAGGAACCUCGGGAGCCCCAGAAGUCCCCGGAGCCACCUCUGUCUUCAGGAACUGCUGGCUCCCAGGCACGGUCCGGGCCGGAGUCACAGUCCGAGUUUGAGGAGGGGCCCUGCGGGUGGGGGAACUUCCAACCCCAGUGUCUCCAGCGGUGCAACACGCCCCAGGGCUUUCUGUUUCACUACUGCCUCUUGGCCCUGACGCAAGGUAUUGUGGUAAAUGGCCUAGUAAAUAUUAGCAUUUCCACUAUUGAGAAGCGCUAUGAAUUGAAGAGUUCCCUGACGGGUUUGAUAUCAUCAAGCUAUGAUAUUGCAUUCUGUUUGUUGUCUUUAUUUGUAUCAUUCUUUGGUGAAAGAGGACACAAACCAAGAUGGCUUGCAUUUGCAUCCUUUAUGAUAGGAUUGGGAGCACUUGUAUAUUCAUUGCCAAAAUUUUUUAGUGGAAAAUACCAGUUUGGGUCCCUUUUUGAAGAUACAUGCUUAACAGCAAAGAAUAAAACCAGUUGUACUACUUCAAGUUCUUCACUUUUCUACUACUUGUAUGUCUUUAUUUUGGGACAACUAUUUCUGGGAACAGGAGGAACUCCUCUUUAUACCCUAGGAACAGCCUUUAUUGAUGAUUCUGUGCCCACCCACAAAUCUUCUCUCUAUAUAGGAAUUGGCUAUUCCAUGUCAAUUUUAGGCCCAGCUGUUGGCUAUGUGUUGGGAGGACAGUUGCUAACCAUGUACAUUGAUGUUGAUUUGGGACAAAGCAUUAAUAUCACUGAGGAUGAUCCACGAUGGCUGGGGGCGUGGUGGAUUGGAUUUCUUAUGUCUUGGCUCUUUGCCUGGUCUUUGAUAAUACCUUUCUCUUGUUUUCCAAAACAUUUACCAGGUACAGCAGAAAUUCAAGACGGAAAAUCUUCCCAGACUCAUCAGUGUAAUUCCUUACAACAUACAGAUGGGAACUUUGGACAGAGUCUUAAAGAUUUUCCAGCUGCUCUAAAGAAUUUGAUGAGGAAUACUGUCUUUAUGUGUUUAGUUCUGUCAACUUGCUCAGAAGCCUUAGUUACUACUGGAUUUGCUACAUUUUUACCUAAAUUUAUAGAAAAUCAAUUUGGAAUGUCUUCCAGCUCUGCGGCUACCCUUGCAGGGACUGUUUUAGUUCCUGGAGCUGCUCUUGGUCAGAUUUUAGGUGGUAUUCUUGUUUCGAAAUUCAAAAUGACGUGUAAAAACAUAAUGAAGUUUGCUUUGCUCACAUCUGUAAUUGCACUUACACUGACUUUUGUAUUUAUUUAUGCCAACUGUGAAAAUGAGCCAUUUGCGGGUGUAUCUGAAUCAUAUAAUGGGACAGGAGAACUGGGAAACUUGACCGCUCCUUGCAAUGCCAAUUGUGACUGCCUGCGAUCCUAUUAUUAUCCCAUCUGUGGAGGAGAUGGAGUCCAAUAUUUUUCUCCCUGCUAUGCAGGUUGUACAAAUUCCGUUUCCAAAAGACAUCCGAAGGUGUUUUAUAACUGUUCAUGUAUUGAAAGGAAAAUAGAAAUAACACCUACUCCAUCAAGUUUUAGUUUUGAAGCUCAAGCUGGAAAGUGUUCAAGUAAAUGUAAAAACUUGCCCGUAUUCCUUGGCAUUUUCUUUGCUGCAGUUGUUUUUACCUUCAUGGCUGGUACUCCCAUAACUGUGUCUAUCCUAAGGUGUGUUAAUCAGAAGCAGCGAUCUCUAGCAUUGGGGAUACAGUGCACGUUGCUUCGAUUAUUAGGCACAAUACCUGGACCUAUUAUAUUUGGCAUCACGAUAGACAGCACAUGUAUUCUCUGGGAUAUUAACAAAUGUGGGAUUAAAGGAGCUUGCUGGAUUUAUAAUAACAUCAAGAUGGCCUAUAUGCUAGUAGCCAUAAGUGUUACUUGUAAAAUUAUCACCGUUUUCUUCAACGGGCUCGCAGUCUUUUUGUAUAAACCACCACCACCAGGCACAGAUGGUCCAUUUCAAAAUGAGAACGCAGUUGUGACUAUGGUUUCAUUAGAAUGUGAUCUCAACAAAGCAGGACAUGACGGGUAAAACAGCAACGGAGAAGGUUGAAAAUUGGCCUCCAUUUGUAAAAAUGCAUGUUAUC